AUGGCCAGACUCACCGAGGGCGAGGCGAGGAGGCAGCCGCCGCCGCCGCUCCCUCUCCCGCCAGCGCCGCAGCCGCCGCGCCGAGCCUCCCCCAUGAGCAGCAGCGGCGGCGCGGAGCCCCCCGCGCAGCCCGACAGCAUGAAGGACCUGGAUGCCAUCAAGCUCUUCGUGGGGCAGAUCCCGCGCAAUCUGGAGGAGAAGGACCUCAAGCCGCUCUUCGAGCAGUUCGGCAAGAUCUACGAGCUCACCGUGCUCAAGGACCGCUACACCGGCAUGCACAAAGGUUGUGCAUUCCUCACAUACUGUGCCAGAGACUCUGCCAUCAAAGCCCAGACAGCACUGCAUGAACAGAAGACUUUGCCAGGGAUGGCGCGCCCGAUUCAAGUGAAACCUGCAGACAGCGAGAGCCGUGGAGGUAGGGACAGGAAGCUCUUUGUGGGCAUGUUAAAUAAGCAGCAGUCUGAGGAUGACGUGCUCCGGCUCUUUGAACCCUUCGGGGUGAUUGAUGAAUGUACAGUGCUCCGUGGACCUGAUGGGAACAGCAAAGGCUGUGCUUUUGUAAAGUUCUCCUCUCACACAGAGGCUCAGGCAGCAAUCCACGCACUCCAUGGCAGCCAGACAAUGCCCGGCGCCUCCUCCAGUCUAGUGGUGAAGUUUGCUGACACAGAUAAGGAGAGGACCCUCCGUCGUAUGCAGCAAAUGGUGGGGCAGCUGGGGAUUUUCACUCCAUCUCUCACCUUGCCGUUCAGCCCAUACAGCGCCUAUGCGCAGGCUCUGAUGCAGCAGCAGACGACGGUUCUGUCCGCCUCGCACGGCAGUUACCUGAGCCCGGGCGUCGCCUUUUCCCCGUGCCACAUCCAGCAGAUCGGCGCCGUCAGUCUCAACGGGCUGCCAGCCGCUCCCAUUGCACCAGCAUCAGGGCUACACUCACCACCUCUCCUGGGGACAGCAGCCAUGCCAGGACUGGUGGCACCCAUUUCAAAUGGAUUCACUGGAGUGGUACCAUUCCCAAAUGGGCAUCCAACCUUGGAAACAGUUUACACCAAUGGCCUUGUGCCAUACUCAGCCCAGAGCCCUUCAGUAGCAGAGACUUUGCACCCAGCCUUCACAGGAGUUCAGCAGUACGCAGCUGUGUACCCAACCACCACCAUCACCCCCAUUGCUCAGAGCAUCCCCCAGCCACCUCCUGUCCUGCAGCAGCAGCAGCGAGAAGGUCCUGAAGGCUGCAAUCUCUUCAUCUACCAUCUCCCUCAGGAGUUUGGAGACAAUGAGUUGAUGCAGAUGUUUCUGCCCUUUGGCAACAUCAUUUCCUCCAAGGUGUUCAUGGACCGUGCCACCAACCAGAGCAAGUGUUUUGGUUUUGUAAGCUUUGACAACCCAUCCAGUGCACAGACUGCUAUCCAGGCCAUGAAUGGCUUCCAGAUUGGCAUGAAACGUUUGAAGGUCCAAUUGAAACGACCCAAGGAUGCUAACCACCCCUACUGA